GAGAUUGAGGCUUUUUCAAUAUUUCAUGAAAAAUAUUGUCAAUACUUCAACUUCAAGUAUGCAGAGAAAUUUGCGAAUGAAAAAAGAACUUCAGAUGUUUUCUCAAUCUCCGCCACAUGGCGUGUCCUGCUGGUCAAACGAUGAGGAUAUCACCCAACUAUCAGCACAGAUUUUGGGAGGAGAGGGAACACCUUAUGAAGGAGGAAUUUUUAAGCUGGAAAUUCAAAUACCUGACAGAUAUCCGUUUGAGCCUCCAAAAGUGAAGUUCCUGACCCCCAUAUACCACCCUAACAUUGACAGCGGGGGUAGGAUAUGUCUAGACACACUCAAGAUGCCUCCAAAGGGAGCCUGGAAGCCGUGUCUGAAUGUGUCCACUGUGUUGACCAGCGUCCAGCUGUUAAUGGCGGAGCCUAAUCCAGAAGAUCCUCUCAUGACAGAUAUAUCCAAUGAGUAUCAGUACAAUAGGGCAGCAUACAUCCAGACAGCUAAGGAUUGGACGAGGAAACACGCCAUGGAGGAUGUCAUACAGGGUAAAAAGUCCACAGACUUAAUAAAAAAGGAAGAUUCUUCUGAAGGACCGGAAAGUGUCAAGUCAGUAAGUGAGAAGAAUCAAGAUCUCAAGAGAAGCCAUUCCCCUCAACCAAUGGAGGACCUGACUAACAAACUCUCCAGACAGUGAUGAACUCUGAUUGGAUGAAAGUCUGAAAUUCACCCAAUGAUGACCAAUCAAAUCACAGGUUCUAUAAAACAUCCAAGAUUUAACAGAAAGAUAUAAUAAAUUCAACAAUAGAUAAACUGUGAUAGUUUCACUCACAAACAAACUUGAUGAAUGUUAUAGUUGAUGAUAUAAGUGAAGAUAGAUAGACAUUGACCUACAUUUAAAAGUGAAAAAUGGAAAUAUGAAAAUUAGUCUGAAAUAGAGAUAUGGUGAAUUGACUAACAUGCUCAAAAAUAAGGAAUCCACCUCUGUAAAGUAUACUGUACGAUGUUUAUCUUGAGUAUCCUGUGAUGUGUUCACUGUGCAUAUUCUAGGAUAUGUUUACAGUGAGUAUUCUCUGUGUUUACCGUUUAUCUAGAUGAUAUAAUGCAUAUAUUCUAGAAUGUGUAAAACAUUCAGUGAAAUAUUCUAUGAUGUACAUGCAUGUUUACAGUACAUGUUUUAUUAUACAGUGAGUAUGUCGUGUGUUCAAGGAAUGCAAGCAUAUAGUCAUCUUCAAUUUGUAACUAUCUAAAUAAUCAGAACACUGUGAUGUCUGAUUUAUGAGAAAUCAUUACAUGUAUUUAUGUCAAGCAUCUCUAGAUGCUACUGACUGACAGUUUAAAGAACAUCGAAGGAAAAAAAAAUAAA